UUUUUUUUAAUAGUUUUUUUUUCAUUCGGAAUUGUGCUACAAAGUUUUUAAUGCCAAUUUUUUAAAUAAUGUUUUAAGUGAAUGAGUUGGUUUAUUUUUUCAACAAGAUGUACGGAAAGAUUGUUUAUUUUGUUGUUCUGAUUAGUUUAACUUAUUCGGUGCGAGCUGUGGAGGAAGGUGACAAGUGCAUCAAGAAUGGUGCCCCAGGUAUCUGCAGAAACAUCAGGAACUGUAAGUCAGCCAUAGAAGACUUCAAGAAGAAAAUAUUCCCGCAGAUAUGUUCGUUCGCGGGUUCGUACCCCGUGGUAUGCUGCACUGAUGGGAUCACCACCCCGGCACCACCAGUCGCUACUACUUCUCAAAGUCCAACUAAACCCGUAACGGACGGUAUCCCGGUGUAUGACUACGUGAACAAUGACGGUUCGUCUGUGGACACGUGCGAGCCCCUGGCUGCGUCUCUUACCGCCGCGAAGACCGGAAAGAAGGCAUGGGAUAAAUGCGUGGACUACCAACAGAGCCUCGUAUACUCGUGCGACAAGGAGGUGGGUCUCGCGGCGGGGGGCUCCGUGUCUCGCUCCUACCACUGCCACCACAACACCGACGACCUCAUCGUUGGCGGCGAGGAUGCGAGCCAAUAUGAGUUCCCGCAUAUGGUAUUGCUCGGAUACGGCGAUCAGUUGGCGAAUGUACAGUGGUUGUGUGGCGGUUCCUUGAUCAGCGAUAAAUUCGUUCUCACCGCCGGACACUGCACCGUCAGCAGAGACUUUGGUCCAAUAACCUUCGCCCUGAUGGGAGCAUUGAAGCGCUCCCAGGCCAUAGACUCCUCCAAGCUCAGGAGAGUGAAGCGAAUAAUCAGCCACCCUCAGUACGCGCCCCCGACCCGGUACCAUGACAUAGCCCUGCUGGAACUCGACGCACCGGUGACAUUGAGCCAGUACCUGGUCCCUGCUUGUAUUCAUGUGCCUGACCCGGCUGAUAAUCUGACGCGUGCCUCCGCGACCGGCUGGGGACUCACCGAACACCGCGGGGCCAACUCCGAUAUUUUGCAGAAGGUGACUUUAAACAAGUUUGUAACUCAAGAGUGCAGCGAGAAGUUCCCCGUGCACCGCCACAUGAAACAGGGCUUCGACCAGGACACGCAGACAUGCUACGGAGACAAGAACCAGUCCAAGGAUACUUGCCAAGGCGACAGCGGCGGCCCCCUCCAGAUCAAGAACAAAAAAAUCAAAUGCAUGUACACAAUAGUGGGCGUCACUUCAUUCGGUAAAGCUUGCGGGAUGGUCGGAGACCCGGGUAUAUACACUCGGGUGUCGCACUACGUAGACUGGAUAGAGAAGGAAGUGUGGCCCUGAUGGGUUAAUAGUGAUGUGCGGCGAGAGACGUCGAUAAGGUGG